AACUUUAGCAUGGAUUAUUGUUUGUUUUUCUUUUUUUUUAGACCACUGUCGAAGACCACGGCACAAUAUCUGAUCAAAUUUUGGUCAGAUCGCACCACUAUUGCAUAUAUGUACAUACAAAGCUGCCAUACAAACUGAGCGAUCAAGAUUAUGUUAUUGUAUGGAAACUUUUUUUAAUUAUGAACGGUAUUAUUGGUAGUUUGUGGCACUAAAUUUGUUAAGUUUUUCAACACGUGACUUCGAUAUGAAUUUAUGUUCAUUUAAAAUAUAUCACGAAUUACUUUCCUGUAACGGUGUGAAAAUGUUUGAUUUUAUGUACAUUAUACAUACAUAUGUGAAACGAGUAAAAGCGCAUGACAAACACAUUUUGAAAUAAAGUGUUAGGGGAAAACUGCUAGAUAUGAUUUGUAGAUAACAACAAACAAUUAAAAGGCAAUUAACAACUAUUUACUUUCAUUUUCUAUGCGUUCAAACAAAUUCGAGUUGAUACUGCUGAAGUGCGCGCUUGGAAAGCAAAUAAACCAAACCAUAAUUGGAAAAGAAUCGCGACUAAAAGUUCUGAAAUUUUAAAAAGCAUAAGAAAAAUUGUAAAUUAACAACAAAAAAACAAAAAUGCAGCACUUAAAAUGGGUCAAAAUAUGUGUUGGCUUUACAUUUGCUAGUUUGAUGUUUUUCGGUUUCUCAGCGCAUGGCAUAUCAAUACGCAAAGGUCGCUUUUACAAUUCUUAUAUAAUAGCAAUAUAUGCAUUGUCAAUUGCAAGCGUUUUCACAGUGUCUUAUGGUCAAAGUAUGCUGAACGAUUGGCAGAACGACGAAUUCGAUUUGGAAAAUGUUACUAACCUAUACCGUUACAUGAAUAUCACAUCGGUCAUUAUCAACUAUUUGACAGCGUUCAUACUGUCAAGUACAUUUGUGCGCUUUUUUAACACUGUCUCACUUUUUGAGACAUUAAGAUUCUUCGAAGUCAGCGCGCGAACGGUGAUUGUAUCGGUGAGAUUGGUUAUCCUUAAAGCCUUAUUAAUACCUGUCAUUUAUGAGGUGACAUUUCUGUUGCAACAAAUACGUAACGAGCCAGAUAAACCUUUAUUGUGGACUUUAUAUACAGUCUUACCAUUGGUGCUCGCACAAAUGUAUCCCAAUCUCUUCUUUAGCGCAUUAGUUAUUGGCAAAGUGCUUGUGGAGACAUUAAAUGAACGUUUAUGUGAAAUUGUCAAUGAGGUCAAUUGCAUGCAAACUCCACUGCAGAUGAGUUUGCACAAGCCAUAUUAUCGUAUGCAGCGCUUUUGCGACUUGGCUGAUCGUGUGGACUUGCUUGCGCAGAAAUACGACAUUAUUUGUAGGCAAACAACAAAGUACUUGCAAUUGCUUUCGGCGCCGGUAAUUUGUUCUUUGCUUUGUAAUUUGUGCGGCAUCACCGUCGGGUGUUUUAGGCAAUAUUUAGCUGUUGCUGAAACUUUGGUAAACAACGAGCCCUAUGAUGUAUUUCAAGCUUUAACUAAUGCAGCCUUUCUGGCGAUAUCUGUUAUCGAAGUGAUGUUGUUGGCGCAAAUAAGCGAUAAUAACGUAGUGAAGGUGCAAGAAACUGGCUUGAUUCUACAACGCAUCAAUUUGAUACAUGCAGAUUUGCGUUUUAAGCAGUCGGUGGACGCAUUUUCGCUGCUGGUAUUAGUAACAAAAUAUAAAAUUGAACCACUCGGAAUGCUGGAAAUAAAUAUUUCCCUUAUUCAAGAUGUAUUGUCGGCGGUCACAAGUUUUUUGCUCAUAUUCGUGCAAAGUGAUCUCACGCUACGUUUCUCUUUAAAGUAAACUACUUGAAGUAUAAGAGACUUUGCUUACCUGGCUGAACUGCAUAAGAUUA